UUAAGCAAUUCCCCAACGAUUACAAAAUUUAAUAGAUCUACCUUUAAUUUUAUGAUUUCCUCAAAUCGACAAAAAUUAUCAAAUUUUAAUUUCAUCUACCCGAUUUCAUCUUUUUAACCCAAAUCCAAACACAACCGACAAAACAAAACAGAAGUCAUGACAAAUUAAAUCCAAAAAUUCAAUCUCAUUCUUCUCUUUCCUCCAUGGAAAAAGAAUCCUCUUCAUCUUCUUCCUCCAUGAAAACUUCAUACAUUUGUAACAACAAUAACCUAUAUAUUCUUGUGCAUUCAUCAGCUUGCCGAUAUAAAAUUUUGACUUUAACAUGAUUUGUCUUCAUUGAGCCAGAGGACCAUUGUCGUUGAUGGUACCGAGCUUGAAAAUUUAGCCCCAUCUCAUUGUCUCACGAUUGCCCAUCUCGAUUCAGAAAUGUUUCAAGGGCAAUGUUUAUUAAUGUGGUGGAAUUACUAAAUCAAACAUCUAUAACAAUGGGUUCAUCAUUAUUGUUCACGAUAUAUAGGAGUACAUCGCUCAUUUUUCUCCAAUUUAUUGAAGAAUUGAGAGCAGUAGAUGCACCUAGCAAUUGCAAUUGCACUUUCCUCGAAUUUCAGGUUAGAGAGCGAAUUGAAGACUCAUCGCAGCGGUUUGGACUCAGCGUUCUCCAGACCAUUUGGUGUAGGUCAAAGAGCAUAUUGAAGACUCAUCGUAGCGGUUUGGACUUAACGUUCUUCAGACCAUUUAGUAGGUCCUCUUGAUUUCGAGGAUGCUACAGUUUUAGUCUAGCAUUAGUAUUUAGACAUAGCUAG